ACUAUUCCUUCCGUCUAUUAUGUGUACAAAUGGCGGCCACUUUUCUUGUAAAGCAAUUAUUGUAUUCAAAUAAACAAAUAUUCUGUGAUAUGGAUACGCACAAAGUGGUUUGUGGUGUAACAUUGUAAUGUAAAAGUGUUCUAUUGUUCUAAUUAAACUUAUAAUAAGCAUAAAACAUGGAAAACCAUAUGCACGAAGUUCCAAUUUUGAAUCAGCACGAAGUACCGAUUUUGAAUCCGCAUAUGAAUUCUAUGGUAAUACCUCAGCAGCAACCGCAACAACAACAACCACAGCAGCAACAGAAUCACCAACAACCACCACAACAAAACCUCCAACAACAACAACAACAACAAAACCAUCAACAACAACCGUCUAAUAACCAAAUUAACCAUCAAACGAACCCUGAAGCACCUACAGCAGUCACCGAUGACCUAAAACCUAAGUUAGAAAAGAAGAAAAAGGAAGCAAUAGAUGGACAAGCGAGAGAAAUAAUAUUUAAAGUGAUAAAAUUCUUUGAAAGUGAAAAACAAAACAGAGGUUAUGCAUAUCCCGUAGAUAACGUUGUAAAACGCGCUUGCGCUGCUACUGGACUAUCAGAGAGCACAAUAAAAAGAAUAAAAAGGGACGGAUUACGCGCCGAGGCGACCCACACUAAAAUGACAGGACCUAAGAAGAAAAGAGUGAGAAAAACUAAAGUUCAGCUAGACUAUUUCCAAUUGUGCGCUUUAAGAGGUAUCGUGAACAGUUACGGAAGUAGAAAAGAGGUACCUACAUUAGGUAAGAUAUUAGCUGCUGCGAAACACGAAUUAAACUACAGAGGAGGUAAGGAAUCUCUUAGAUUGAUAUUAUUAAAUAAAUUGGGGAUCAAAUUUAAGAAAUGUGAAAAGAAAAAUAAGAAACCUCCUGAACAAAAUGUGCUACCGAUGCAACAGUUACCAAAUGUGAUACAUCCACCUAUGCAGCAAGUUAAGCCAGUUGAAAGUCAGUAUAUGUACAAUAAUAUGAUGCCACAAGUGCCCCCAGUUUCGUAUUAACAUUAAGUGUCGGUAUCAAGCUAGAUAGUCACAUUUGAUUAGCAAUAUCACUAGUGAAAUUGACUGAAUUGCCACCAUUCUAUUUUUUCUUAUCUCACCGCUCACCUCAUCUAUCAAGCCGUAGUAACUCAAUUCACUCUCUUCUUAUGCAUAUUCUCUUCUACAAUAUUAGUCAUGGGUAAUUCAACUUAAAUUGACCUAUAGAUCAGUUCACAGUUUGCAUUAGUCAGCUCAAUUUGCACCUGCAUAGAGUUAUGUCUGUCACUCACAUGCUGGUUCAUGGAUUAUUGGCUCGCAUAGUUAUAGUAAAUCAUGUUGAAUGCUGAGCUGCCAUGGAGUUGGUUCAAUGGUUUAAGCUAUAUUAGCUGAACUGAUGUAUAAGUUCAGAUUUGGUUUACACUGGCUACAUGCAAUAAAUACUUGCUUAGGACUUCCCCUGUCCUUGUAGCCCAUCUAUGUUCAAUAUGUAUGAAGCAUACAUACAUAUUGAAAGUAAGU